UCGCGCGGUUUUAUACACGUGUUUACCAUUGCCUAUUCUAUUGGAUAUAUUCGUGACCAACUUUGAGUAAGUUCUCCUUUUCUAUUUUGUAUUUUCUGGUAUGUUCGCAGAUUGUGGAUGCUUUUAAGUUGAUGUGCGGUUUAAGUAGAUGGUUGGAUUCUUACUGUUAUGUUACAAUCCACUUCACUUUUUAAAAUGAAGUAAAACAAAGUCAAACUUUUCGAAAGUGCAGUAAAACCAAAGUAAAGAAGUGUAGUAAAUCAGAAGUAAAAGUUUUGAGUAGUCAAAGUACACUUUUACACCGAUACAAUUUGAAUUUAAGGCAAUCACUGCGCAAUCUAACGAGAACAUUUCACGACGUUUCGUUGGCUGCACGAAUAUUUCACUAGACGGCUGCAACUAGUGCCAAAAGCCCAAGUGAACAACUCUUACAGACCAGUAAUAAGUAAAAGGAUGAGAGAAUAUUUAAUCCAGCAUAUUACUUACCAGUAUAGAUUUAAGUAGUAAGUUACCAAAGUAAGAUAGUCGUACUGUUGUCGUUCUAGUCUUUGAAGGAAUUUGACAAAGCCGAAAAUGGCCACCAACAAGAUGGCGACGUCAUCCAUCAUGCAAAAGCGUUUGCACGAGUUUCACAGUUCUGUUGAAAUACAUAAGGUAUCGUUACGUGUUAAUAAUUAAAAAAAAAGAGAAAUGAUGCCAUGAGUAUAGCUAUAACUAAGCGUUGUCAUGGAGACUCAUAGAAUUUGACGGAAAAAUUUCCCCAGUGCUGCAGCCGCAGGACGUCACCCGUGGCGACGGGCGUGGGCGUCGAAAGGAGGAGCCUAGCUGUGCUCGAGAGGGGGGUACCGUUUAAUGCUUUUAUUGGGCAACAUGGGAGAAGGAGCCGACUGCUUUAAACUCCUCCUCGCGGCAGAAAGGAGAACGAAACCGAUCGGGAUGUUCCCGAUCUUUCAGUUUCGAGUCUUCGCGUGUCGGCGAUCGUUGGUAACCUUCUCGAUCCUCAUCGAGCUGAGAAGGGAAAAUUAAAAAUCAAAGACUUUUUCAUCUUCAGCUUUUUGUCGGCAGCUGUUGUGUGUUCUCUCCGACUCUAUUGUCAACAUUUUGCGUGCAUAAUAUUUUCUGUCCACCAACGUCUAAUUCACAUCUUUGCUGUAUUGCAUCAUAUAUUCCGGUGACUGUCGAGGACCAACCGCACCACCAGAUCAUGCACGGUCUACCCUAAGCUGCAUCAAAGUUGAAACAUGGUCACAGGAGCUCAAGCUCCCGCAUUGACCCUCGUAGAAUAUGCACAAAUUAGGCAAAGGCUUGAAGAAGAAGAUCAAAGGCAAGAAAGGCAAAGAGAAAGAAGACGAUUUGUUUGAUCCGGCAAUCCUAGAACAAUAUCGUCGUGACAAGGCCGCAGCCGCUGCCGCCGCCGCCGCCACAGCAGCCGCCACUGGUGAAGAUUUUGACCCAUCCGCUGAAGAAAACGGGACAUCGACUGGAAACGAAGCCGCUGCAGCCGCCGAGCCCGGUGCCGACAAGAAAGACAGUGAAGAGUGGCAAAAAUUCAAGCUUCUCACAUCAGGUGUUGAUACGAUCCUUCAGAAAACCCAAGAAGACUUGGGACGGAUCAAAAAGACAAGCUAUUAUCAGAGGAACAAGAAACCCGAAACACCCACUCCUGGUGAAGAGGUUAAACCAAUUGUCGGUGCAUCCUCAUCUGCCAACAACAGCUCUGGUGCCAGUGCCGAACCGAAUGGUCACAAAACCAAAUGGAUUGGCUUUGAAGAAGGAGAUAAAUUUAGAGAUUUGAACGAGGAAGAAGCUGGAACUGAUCAAGCCGCUGCCACCCAUCAGCAAGUCGAAGAGGUUGCCGAGCAACAGCCGGAGGAAUUCAAUCAAGAUUUCGAAAAGCAAGACGAAAACGAAGACGACGAGGACAUUUUCAACACUGAAUACGUUGAUAUCGCCACUAGUGGCGAAUUGAAACUUGCCUACGUUCCCGACAGCCCAACACUUGAGGCUGCUGCCGGCGACGAUCCUUUUGACACGUCAGACGUCGAGAAACUUGUCGGGCCACUUCCCGUGAUUAAAAAGAAAAAAGCGCUAGUUAGUAUCGGCGCUGCUGUGGAGAUUCUGACUGCAGCCAACGCUGCCGAUCAUCAACAGAAACAACAUCACCAAGGGUCUACAGCCAGCCGACAACGAAUCGUUCAACCGCCCUCCGAGAUUCAGUUGCUGUGCUGUUUCGACGACAACGAGGUCGAUCAAAAGCUGCAAGGCAAUUCGUUGGGAGUGACGCCUUCGACCAACCACUCAGCCGGACCCAGUAGUGUGCAACAGACACCACAUAGUGAAGUCCAUCUCGGGGAAGAAUUGGUCUCCAGUGUCGAACCUGACUUGAAAGAUAUCCUCGCCGAGUUUGACGUCAUUCCAGAGGGCAGCGAUCAGCCAAUCGACGAAGAUUUUGUGAAGCCUCCCAAGCCAAAUCCACCCGUGCAACCUAAGAAGCAGCCAGAACUUCUCGACGAGGAGGAUUUCGAGUUCGAAGCUCUCGCUUACCAGUCGUUGGCCAAACAACCACUUCCGCAGGAAGACGAAGAAGAGGGAGACGAUCCAUUCGACACUAGUUCUGUCGACAAAGUUUUAAAGAAAGAUCAAGUCGAAACUAGUAUUGUUUCCAAGAAAGCUCCUCCUUCCCGGCCUGGCGCUCCACCCUCUCGGCCUCCGCCACCUCCUUCCGCCUCAGCAAUCGCAGCUAUUGCAGCUAAAAUCGAUCGACCAUCUCCCGCUCCGGUUCGCCCGUCAGCUCCAGUCAAUCCGACAGUCCCACCUCUUCAAGCUCAAGACUCGUUUGACGCUCUCUUUCUCAACGACAGUCCACCCGAAAAGGAGAAGCCAACAGAGAACAAGUCUGAACGGGAACCUUUAAAGUCUCCAGCUGCUGACCCAUUCGACACCUCUGCCGUCGAUCCUUUUGACACAUCAUCCAUCGAUCCGUUCGACACCUCCGCAAUCGAUCCAUUUGACACUUCGGUAGUUAAUUCCGUCAAUACCUCUGCCACUGGUAAUACUUGUAUUACCGUUUCGUCACCUGUGCUUCCGGUUGAACCUCAGUUGCAGGUGACAUCGUUUGUUUUACUUGACGACUCGCCAGUUGAGGACGAAGUUGAUCCUUUUGACACUUCGGCAGUUGAAAAAAUUCUCAACUAA